AUGGCCGACUAUCUGUCUGUAGUCACGAGAUACGUUGAUGGAGCUAACUGCUCAGGGGUUAGCUAUUUUAGUAUUUUCUCCGAUGAAGAUGAGCCAAUGGAUGCCUCUACUGAUAAUGCUGAUACAGAUGAGCAAACUGUUACUCUUCUGAUAGAAUAUGGAAAUCUUUCUGCAGAAGAAAGACGCUUAAUGGCUCAACCCGUUGUCGAGCUAAAUAAGGAACCCAUUCAAGAGAAUCCAUCUCUAAAGGAAGAAGAAGAAGAAGAAGAGAUAAUUCAAGAGUCAGAACAAGCUCUUGUAAAUCAAGAAGAAGAUAUUGUUGAAGAGCUGGUCCAAGCUCUUGUAACUCAAGAAGAAGGAACUGUUGAGGAGAUUUUUCAAACUCUUAAUGAAAAAGAAGUUGUGAUAUCCCCUGUUGUCAGAACAGAGGAAGCUCAAGAAAAGGAGGCUGAGGAUCAAAAUGCUAGAAUUUGCAAGCCUUUACCAUUUCCCGAUGUUAUUGCUGGUAGUCUUCAUGAGAAUUUUCUUCAUCCUCUCCACAACAAGGGAAAUCUGUAUGAAAGGUUUCAAAGAGCAGAAAGGGAGCUGGAAGAAGAAGAGCGGAAUAAAACUGGAAAUGAGUCUGAGAAGGAACAACCCGAGCAAUCUCUACAGAUUCCCACUGAAGCUAAUCCUAUUCAGAGCAUGGCAGCAGAAUCACAAGAUAAUUCAUCCAAUGAAGGAUCCUUUGCAGACGGUACCAAGCUUCUGAAAUCUAUGACUUCUUUGCUUUCCUCUCUUCAAACGAAUGUUAUGGCUAUGGGAUCACAUGUUGUGAAUAUUUUGAAGACUCAGAAAGAGGACAUAAAAGAAGUUGCUGAAUGUGUCAAAAUCCUUAAAGAGUUGGAUAAUACACUAAAGAAGAACACCUUGAGAAGAACAGAAGGUGAAAGAUUAGAGUAUGCCGACUUCAUUGCAAGAAAGUUUCAAGAGAAAGAAAAUGUGAAAGCUGCUUCUGAAAGAGAACAGAAUUGUAUCACUCAAGGUGAGCCCAGUAGAAGAGGUGACGGUGUGUCAAUCGGUACCAGAUCUAAGCGUGCACCAACCAACGAUGAAAAUCCAAGACUAACCAAAAGAGGAGGAGGUCGAAGCGGUGGUGAUCGCGGAGGCCGAAGCAGUAAUAGUGGUCGUGGUGGGCAAUCUGGUGGUGAUCGAGGAGGUCGUUCCAGUGGUAGUGAUCGUGGUGGGAGAUCAAGUGGAAGCGGUCGUGGUGGUCGUACUCUUCCUCCGUUCCAAAACCUGUUAACCGGUGAAGGAGUAAGUGGUGGAGGUUUUAACUAUCCAAUCGAUCCUCGAGUAAAAAGGGAAGAACAAUGA